UAUAAAUAUAUAUAAUAUAUAUAUGCGAUUUUUUUUCUGUGUUACGAUUACCGUUGUUUUUUUCGUUAUUUCGAUUUGCGUCGCAGUCCCGGCUGACCAAACAGAAGAAGCGAUGCGAUCGCGCGCACACAGAGGAGAAGCAGAGACAGCCAUAAAGAGCUUUUAGAAAAUCAAGAAAAACAACAGCAACAGCUCCAACAACAACAACAACAAACUGUUGAAUAACAAACAAGAAAUACAUACAUAUAUAUAAAUACACACAGAGACUCGCAUUGGCAUUGCGUUCCAGUAGGCCAGCAGUGAAGUUCAUCGGAGCAAUGGAGCUCUAUACGUCGGAUAGCUCGGACACGGAUUCGCGCGAGCAGAAGACCAUUGACUUUGGCCGGAUGAGUCUGGAUGUGGUCACGCUGGAGGAUCAUUUGAGCUCGCCGCACAAGGCGCUGCUCAAGACGAGCGGCGACAUCGAGACGAUGCUGCUUAAUCACAAUCGGCUGGUGGCGCUGCCCCGCGUGCUGCAGCAGUUCACCAAUCUCAAGAUACUCGAUCUGAGCUCCAAUGCGCUCACCCAGCUGCCGGACGCCCUUUGCCAGCUGCCGCUGGUCACGCUGAUAGCCAAGAACAAUCUGUUGACCAACUCGUCGCUGCCCAAAUCGCUGCUCCGCAAGCAGAUCGGGAACGUGCAUGGCGGCACCUCCACGCUGAAGGAGCUCAACCUAAGCGGCAAUCAGCUGAUCCACUUUCCCGAACAGGUCACCGAGCUGCGCCAGCUCAAGUAUCUGUAUUUGGGCAGCAACAAGAUCUCGAGCAUAUCCAAGGAUAUCUGGAGGAUGCAAAGUCUUCAUGUUCUUUCGCUGGGCGGUAAUCUGGUCAACGAGGUGCCCGAGGCGGUUGGCUCCCUCAGCCAGCUGCAGGCGCUGGUGCUCUGCGACAAUCUCAUCGAGCAUCUGCCGAUGAGCAUUGCACGGCUGAAGAACCUGAAGUCGCUGCUGUUGCACAAGAAUAGACUGAAGCACUUGCCCAAGGACAUUGUCGCCCUGAAGAACCUGACCGAGCUGAGCUUGCGCGACAAUCCGCUGGUGGUGCGCUUUGUGCAGGACAUGGCAUUGAAGCCGCCGACGCUGCUGGAGCUGGCUGGUCGUAUUGUCAAGGCCAGCGGGCAGAGGCCGGGUCCGGCGGACGUGCCACGCACCCUCGUCGAGUAUCUGAACAGCGCCAAUUGCUGCGUGAAUCCCAACUGCAAGGGCGUCUUCUUCGACAACCGCGUCGAGCACAUCAAGUUCGUGGACUUCUGCGGCAAAUAUCGCGUGCCUCUGCUGCAGUACCUCUGCUCGUCCAAGUGCAUUGAGCCCGAGGAGCUGUCACGCGCAUCCAGUAGCAAUGCGAGCAGCGCCAGCAGCGGCUUCAUGAUGCGCAAGGUGCUCCUGGGCUAGGCGGGCUACCCAGGUAGCAAGGUUCGGGACCGGAUCCGUGAAAUGUGCCCAACCGACAAGUCGACGAGUCGACGACAAGUUAGCCAGUCGGCCAGGCCAACAACGGAACGGUGCCGCUCGUCCGUUGGCUGUGGUUGUUGUUGUUGCGGCGGAGCCGCACUCGGGUAUCCAUUGGCUUCAUCACAUUAUCAAAUUUUUUACCAAAUUUGCCAUAUGAAUUUUUUGUUCAUUGUUGUGUUAUUUUUUGCUAUAUGCAUAUAUAUACACACACACAUAUAUAUAUAUAUAUAUGUAUGUAUGCGCACACAUGUACACCCCAUAGUUU